CCAGGCCGAGACCCGCUAUAAGGCGGCAGACGGCGGAUACAUCAACGGACAGAGACGUCGGCAAGUUGGCGACAGCCGAGAUAGAGCGCGAGAUUGCAAACACUAGCUUCCAACACGGACAUUAGCAGCAUCAGCUGCAGCCAGUACAGGUCCAGAACCAGAACCAGAGCCAGAAACCAACGAGGCGCCGCUGGCAAAGCUGUGGGGCACAGGCAGUAGAGCUACGCACUUCGCCACACGACACUCGACGGCACACUGGCACACUGGGGAACUGCAUAGACAUCGACACGGUAGCCGCGGUGCAGCACAAGCUAGUGCACAAGAUUGUCGGUGGAAAAAUGUCACCACCCGUGCUUUACUACCUGCCACCCAGUCCGCCCUGCCGCAGCAUUCUCUUGUUGGCCAAAAUGCUUGGCCUGGACUUUGAGCUGAAGAUCGUCAACAUACUGGAGGGGGAGCAGCUGAAGCCGGACUUUGUGGCAUUGAAUCCCCAACACUGUAUACCAACCAUGAACGAUGAGGGCCUGGUCCUGUGGGAAAGUCGUGCCAUUCUUUCGUACCUGGUCGCAGCAUACGGUAAAAGCGAUGAACUCUAUCCCACGGACAUUCGUGUCCGUGCCCUGGUCGAUCAACGGCUCCAGUUUGAUCUGGGCACCCUCUACAUGCGCCUCACGGACUACUAUUUCCCCACAAUGUUCAUUGGAGCACCGUUGGAUGAGGGGAAACGGGCGAAGCUAUCAGAGGCUGUGGGCUGGCUCAACACCAUUCUAGAGGGUCGACAAUUCGCCGCCGCCGAACACUUCACCAUUGCCGAUCUGACGCUGCUCGUGACCAUUUCCCAGCUGGAGGCCUUCGACUUUGAACUUAGGCCCUAUAAGCACAUCAGGCAAUGGCUCGAACGCUGCAAGGAUCACAUGGCGCCCUACGACUACGAGGAGCUGAAUGGCAGCAAGGCAGUCUUAAUGGGCGACAUGUUCAAGGCCAAGAUCAAUCAGGGAGGAGCCUAAUCGUACUAUAUUAAUGAUGUACUCGUAGUUGUUGUAUUCAAUAAAAGUUAUGCUCUAUGCACUGUUCAGAAUGGUUUUA